UCUGAAUCACUAACAGUAGACAAAGAAAGAGAAGUUGAUCUCUUCCUCAUCAAUGGCGACAGCCAUUCUCUUCUUGAUUGUUAUUGCAGCUUUCUCUUGUUUAUCAGACACUUCAAAAGCAACUUUCGAUGACAAUUUCAAAAUCAUGGGUUCCCCUGAUCAUUUCACCACCUCUGAAGAUGGUCAGAUCUGGAAUCUCUCUUUAGACAAUGAAACAGGAUGUGGGUUUCGGACGAAACAGAAAUACAGAUUCGGAUGGUUCAGUAUGAAGCUCAAACUUGUCGGCGGUGAUUCAGCUGGAGUUGUCACAGCUUAUUAUAUGUGUUCUGAAAACGGAGCAGGACCGGAAAGAGAUGAAGUUGACAUCGAAUUCUUAGGAAACAGAACAGGACAGCCGUAUGUAAUUCAAACAAACAUUUACAAAAACGGAACAGGGGGGAGAGAAAUGCGACAUGUCCUUUGGUUUGAUCCAACUGAGGAUUUCCAUACAUAUUCAAUCCUAUGGAAUAAUCAACGUCUUGUGUUCUAUGUAGAUCAAGUACCAAUCAGGGUAUUCAAGAAUUCGAACUAUACAAACAAUUUUUUCCCAAAUGAGAAACCGAUGUAUUUGUUUUCGAGUAUAUGGAAUGCGGAUGAUUGGGCGACGAGGGGUGGAUUGGAGAAGACGGAUUGGAAGAAAGCGCCUUUUGUGUCGGCUUACAAGGAUUUCAGCGUCGAUGCUUGCCAGUGGGAGGAUCCGUUUCCUGCGUGUGUUUCAACGACAGGCGACAAUUGGUGGGAUCAAUAUGAGGCUUGGCAUUUAUCGAGUACACAGAAGAUUGAUUAUGCUUGGGUGCAGAGAAAUAUGGUGGUUUAUGAUUAUUGUAAGGAUUCUAAACGUUAUCCUAAGCUUCCUGAAGAGUGUUGGUUAAGUCCAUGGAACUGAAACAUUUGGGAUUUUCUUACUUAUUAUUUAUUUCAUCUACUCUAUUCUUUGUUUAGAAUUAUAAUGG